AUCCAAACAUAUCUGUCAUCGGGACAGACACAUCUGUACGGUGGUGGUCCUUCAAACCCAAAACGUAUCGUCUAAACGCAACAUAUCUAGCGUGACAAUGCCUGUACAAAGUUUACCGAUUCGAGACUCUGCCUUCCAUGUGCGACUGCUGCAUCAAUACUUGAUUCUGCUGAAGAAUUACCCAAUUCUUACCAAAUCCGUGACGAGUGGCAUUCUCUCAGCAAUGGGAAAUCUUCUAUCGCAAGCAUUGGAAGCUAAACGAAAGGCCAAAGAAGGGAUCCCAGUGAAGGAGAUUGACAUUUCAGGACCUGCCCGCUUUGCCUUUUAUGGGUUGCUCAUUACUGGGCCUGUAAGCCAUUACUUUUAUCAACUUAUGGAGGUGUUGAUGCCUACCACUGUUCCAUACUGCAUGGUGAAACGCUUGCUCUUGGAUCGCCUUAUCUUCGCCCCUGCAUUCCUGCUGCUUUUCUUCUUUGUUAUGAACAUCCUGGAGGGUAAGCGGUGGGCAGACUUCCAGAGCAAAGUGAAUAGUAGUUAUUGGCCUGCCUUGAAGAUGAACUGGAAAGUGUGGACCCCCUUCCAGUUCAUCAACAUCAACUAUGUGGCUUUAGAGUUUCGAGUGCUGUUUGCCAACAUGGUGGCCUUAUUUUGGUAUGCUUACCUUGCGUCUGUGAGGAAGUGAGACUCCCAAGAUCUUCUCCCUGAUGACUGAAGUAAGAAGGCACCGGGUGUGCCUCUGAAGCUGCAGAAUGUUACAAGGACAGGCCUGUGAAUGCCAAGAUGGUACAACCAGGCAAAUUGACUGGGGUGAUGCGAAGGACUUCACUCGCAUACUACAAAAGUACUACACUAACGAAAUCAUAACACAUCUAAUGGGUUGUUCACAUGCAGAAUAACCGAUAACUAAAAUGUUCAAUGUUAAUUCUUACUACUGAAAUUUCCAAUCUUAAAUUAAUUGUGCCAAGGUGUAUUUUGGUUUGAACAAUGAUAAAUACAUGUUACCUAUUCUUGAUAGAUACAAAUGUAUAUUAUAAUUUAAGAUGAAGCAAAUGUGCUGUAGGAAGUUAAUAUCAGUAACUAUUUCAACCUUGAAGGAAAUUCAUUUAACACCAUAUGAAUAUGCAAUGUUAAGAUUUAUCAGACCAUUGUGUAUAUUGCUGACAAGGCUGGCCUGUAGUUUCCUCAUGUGGACUGCCUUCAGUUUAGUUUGAGUCUCAACUCAACUGUAAAUGUUACUGCUCUUUCUGUCUCUAUCAGGUCAAAUAAGGGAGCAACAGCACAUCGGACUGAAACUGCCAAAGUAUUUUACAUCCUGAUGCAUUUGAUUUAACUGUAUUUUAUAAAUGAAAGCAAAAACCAGUCCAUUACAUUGUUGCUUUAACUUUUGUUUUGAGUUGGAGCCAUGACAAUGAUGGUAGACUGAGUUUUAUACUUGGUUAUUACUUUAUUACAAUGUCAUUAACAUUAUUUCAACAAAAGCCAAUAUCAGCCAUGCUUAAUUUAAAAGUUUACAACUGACUACAAAAUUAACACGGGUAAUUUUUGGACAAGAUAGCUUUUUCUCUACAGACAUGGAAUGCAUAAUAAGUUAAGGGCUUCAGGUGACCGGGGGUUUCAGGUCGAUACUGGGUGUCUUCAGCCUCCCCUUAGACGGAGCGUCAGGUGAAUAGUGCUUAGAUUUCUGACACCAUAGUCUUCCAGUUUCUUUCUAUCAUCGAGCUGCUUGCCCUCGUGAAUCAGCCUCUGUUGGUCGGCUGGGACUCCCUCCUUGUUUUGGACCUUGGCUUUGAACUGGGUUACAGUCUCACCUGACACCACCUCAUAUGUGUGCGUCUGGCCCUUUUCGUUUUUCAGGAACACCUGGAUAUGAGUGGGUUCUGUAAUUAGCACCAUCACUUUGGAUCCUGAAUGCAGGCCAUAGUCACUCAAAGUUUUUGAAUCAUCGCUGAGACUGAUGUUGUUCCCAUUGACACCUGACAGCCUCUGCCUUUCUAUGGCCACUCCAAAGUGUUUGUUGAUCAGAUUCUUGAGUGACCCCAGAGUGGUGUGUGGCUGAACCGUCAGGGGAUGUGAGUCCCCAUUCAACAGUGUUAUAGUGAGUUCCAUGAUAGAUAUCUGAAAGAGGAUUAUGUAUUAUUUACAAUAGCAUAGCUCAAUUGAAUGAUUUAUUCUUAACAGUUCACUUAAAGCCUGCUGGUAUAAUGCUUUAUAACUGGCUGAAAGCAUUUAUGAUACUUUAUCUUUUGUCUCUAUCAGCAUUUCUGCUGACUCAAAUGGUUGGAAUUUAGUGAGAAUCAUUAUGAGAUGAUUGACAGACAUAAGUUGGUAUUAUCAUACAUGCUCAUGACAAUUUAUACAACAUAUUAUAACCUUUAUAUUAACCUACAGGAUUCAAGGUUACUAUUGAUUCAGCCCAUUGCAAUAACUAAAAUAAUGUGCAAGAUAAUUGGUUGAUAGCUAUUUAGCUUUAACAGCAGAGUUAUAUAAAGUAAUAUAGCCUAAUGAUGAAAAAAAUACUUACCUUUUUCAGUAGAUAUUGUUGAGAAGUCCCUUGUUGUGAAGUCUUGCAAACGGUUUCAACAAAUAGUUUUGAGGAAUCG